AUGUACAAACUCUCUAAGAAGAAGGCUGCCCGCUCAAUUCUUGAUAACACGAGCCCUACAUAUUCUGGCACCGUUACUGAGGCCGAACAAUUCUUCACUGAAGUAUUUGACGAUAAAUCGUGCGAUACGGAUGCCCUAUCUAAUCUGCUAACUGAGCUUGUCCCCCAGAUAGAAUGUGGCCACAACCUCGACUCACUGAUAUCACCCGAUGAGAAGAACAUCUACCUGGCUUGGCUUGACCUCAAGAAUGCUUUUGGAAGUGUACCACACAACGUAAUAUCUACAACCCUGAAACAUCUUGGCGUCCCUAACUCACUUGUGGAACUUAUCAUAAGCAUCUACAAGGACGCCACAACCACAAUCAUCACGUCGAAUGGGAACACAAAACCUAUCCCGAUCCUCGCUGGAGUCAAACAAGGCUGCCCCCUCUCGCCGAUCUUAUUCAAUCUCUGCAUCGAAAUAAUUCUUCGAGGUAUUACUUCUAAAAACCAUCAAUUGGGUCCCGUAAAACACCACUCGUGCGAAAUCUCGGUUCUUGCCUAUGCUGAUGACCUUGUUGUCUUAGCAAAGAAUGAAUAUCAACUCCAGUCUCUCCUAAACAGUGCAUCCAACCUAGCCUAUACAAUUGGUUUGGAAUUUAGACCUGACAAAUGUGCCUCACUAGCCAUCACCUACAGUAAAAGAGUGAUCGGUAAUAUACAACCUUCCACAUUCAUUGUCCAAGAUAAACAAAUUCCACACCUAGCCGAAGAAGAGCACUAUAGAUACCUUGGCAUUCCAAUUGGCCUAAUUAGAGACUUCUCUUCAAUCCAGAACCUUACCGAUAAUCUCUGCCGUGAUCUUGAAUGUAUCAACAAUUCUCUUCUUGCUCCAUGGCAAAAACUGGACAUGAUUAAAACAUUCAUCCAACCAUGUCUAACUUAUGCCCUACGCGCAGGAGAACCAAAGAAAGCAUCCUUAAUAAACUACCGUAAGAAAUUAAUCGAAGUGGUCAGAUCAAUAUGUAACCUCCCUCUCAGAGCCACCACACACUACAUCUUCUCUUCCAUAAAAUCAGGAGGACUCGGCCUUCAAGACCCGGCCGCUGAAGUUGACGUCCAGACUGUUGUCCAGGCAAUAAAAAUGCUCAGCUCUUCUGACAAAACUGUUGCGAAUAUCGCUAAACAAGAAAUACUACGUACAGUCAGUUUUGCCAGUAGAUCGGACCCUUCGCCUGCCCUAAUUAAAGACUUCCUGUCUGGAUCAACAACUGGUUGCUUCCACAAGGACGUUAUCCGAUAUCGCACGCACUCUCUUUGGACUAGAACUCGAAAUGCCUGCAGGAAUCUAAACAUAACUUUCGCUGUACCACCAAAUGAUCAACCUGCCAUCUUUUCAACUAACAAAGGCCCUUGUACAGCCAAAGCUGCCUCUGCAUUCUUACAUCAACACGUGCAAAACAUCUCAAGCACCAAACUAUUGAACCUCCCUGAUCAAGGCAAGGUAGCUUCCACGCUCAACAGAGACUGCUUUGGCAAUGGCUCAAAAUUCCUUAACAAUGGUCUAAACAUGAGAUUUAGCGAUUGGAGGUUCAUACAUAAGGCAAGACUAAAUGUGGUUCCAGUUAACCAAAAUAAAUCCAAAUGGAACAACACAUCAUCAUCGUGCCGAAAAUGCCAUGACACCUCAGAAACCUUACCUCAUAUUCUCAACCACUGUAACACAAACAUGGUCAACAUCCGUAAAAGACAUGAUCAAAUAGUCGAUAGACUGGUUAAUGCAACAAGAUCGGGCACAAUCAAAGUUGACCAACAAGUCGACGGCAUUGAAGAUGAAUGUAGACCAGACAUAGUUAUUGAAGACGGGAACAAUGUCACCAUCAUCGACGUAACUUGCCCGUUUGAGAACGGUACUGAUGCGCUGUCAACCGCUGACUUCCACAAAAUAACAAAGUACGAACACGUCAAACGCUACUUCCAAUCUACCGGUAAAUCCUGUAGCGUUCAUGGCUUUGUUAUCGGCUCUCUCGGUGCUUGGCAUCCCAACAACGAAGUUGUCCUGUCAAAACUGAACAUGUCCAACAACUAUAAAUCCCUCUUCAGAAAGCUGUGCUGCACCGAUGUCAUCCGUGGCUCAGCAGACAUAUACUACGAUCAUGUGAAAUAUGGCCUCACCUAA